AUGUCCGCCGACAGGGACCCUCUUACCGAUCUCGAUCGGGACUCCAAGUCCGAUCACACCGACGAUGACCUCUCACCCUCGGUCACGACCCCUCCCACUGCCAUACCGUCUCUCCGGCCGACCCCCGAUCAGUCUACAGGGAUCACUGCGUCGUCCACCCACCUUGGUCAAAUCAAUGCCGCGCGACAUGGGACGGUGCCCUCCCCCCGUCCACAGGCCUCCAUGAGCGGGGCCGCCCAGGGGGGGCUGAAUCAGGAUAUUUUGGCGAAAAUGAAGGCAUUCUCCCUUUCCCGACAGGGGGCUCCGCCGACCUUACCCCAUACUGUUUCCACCGGCGCCGUCCCAAAAACGCCCCCGACUGGUCCCAGUCCAGGUGCCCGCUCGCCCUCCGUCGUCAAUGGCCCCCUCGCUGGUGCCUUGGCAGGCCGUCUCCCCCCCGGUGCUCGCCCGCAGACGAAGAACUGGGUGUCUUCGCCUUCUAUCCCAGGCAAGGCCCCCAGCCCGACCCCGACGAAACCAGGAGGGCUUGCGGCGAAACGGAUGAAGCCCGGUCUUAAGCUCUCGGAUGCGGCGGGGCCGAAUGGUGCGUCUGGGAACCAGUCGCCGGCAAAUGAUGCGGAUGGUCAGACAGAGACCGCGUUCUCGAAGUAUUCGGAAUUUAUCGAUACCAAGACGGGGACAUUGAACUUCAAAAACAAGGCGAUCCUCCACGGGGGCGGGAUCGAGUUUUCCUCGGGCCACAGCUUCAAUAUCUCGCUGGACGAAGUCGAUCGCUUGGAUGAGUUAGGCAAGGGCAACUAUGGAACUGUCUACAAAGUCCGCCACAGUCGUCCGCAUAUGCGAAAACCGGGCAUGGGGCUGAGCGGCAUCGUGAGUCGGCCGGCCGGGUCGGACUCGACAUCGGACUCGCCCCAGGACAGCCUCUCCGGGGUGAUUAUGGCGAUGAAGGAGAUUCGCCUCGAGUUGGAUGAAAACAAGUUCGCGCAGAUCAUCAUGGAGCUGGAAAUCCUCCACCGCUGCGUUUCACCCUUCAUCAUCGACUUCUACGGCGCCUUCUUCCAGGAAGGGGCGGUAUAUAUCUGCGUGGAAUAUAUGGACGGCGGGUCGAUCGACAAGCUGUACAAGGAAGGCGUGCCAGAGAAUAUCCUUCGCAAGGUCGCGCUGUCGACGGUGAUGGGCCUCCGCACGCUGAAAGAGGACCAUAACAUCAUCCAUCGCGACGUGAAACCGACAAAUAUCCUGGUCAACACCCGGGGACAGAUCAAGAUCUGCGAUUUUGGCGUCAGUGGAAACUUGGUGGCCAGUAUCGCGAAAACGAACAUCGGUUGCCAGAGCUACAUGGCCCCCGAGCGGAUUGCCGGUGGUGGCGUACAGCAAUCGGGAGCCGGCGGCGGCGGCACCUACAGUGUGCAGAGCGACAUCUGGAGUUUAGGAUUGAGCAUUAUCGAAUGUGCUAUCGGUCGAUACCCCUACCCGCCGGAGACCUUCAACAAUAUCUUCAGCCAGCUGCAUGCUAUCGUCCACGGCGAUCCGCCGACUCUCCCCGAAUCCGGGUACUCGGAUGAGGCACAUGCCUUUGUCCGCGCGUGUCUGGACAAGAAUCCCGCCAACCGGCCCUCCUAUUCCAUGCUCCUCCGCCAUCCCUGGCUUGCACCGUUGAUGCAACCCCCGGCUGCCGAUGGGGAUGAUACAGGCACGGAUGCUUCGUCAGCGACAGAGGAUCAGGAAGUGGCCGACUGGGUCAAGGAAAUGUUGAGCCGCCAGGCGCGUGGCCUCCUCCACGACGGCGACAAGCCCGCGCUUCAUGCCGUAGCCUUGGAUGCUGUUCCUGGAAGCCCUCUUUUGGACGACCCUGCGUCGAUCUCGCUGCCAUCUUAG